AUGAGUGCGGAUAAAGAGAUGAUAUUGCAAUUUGCACCGUGGGAAUCCUUUGUGUCGCCCACUUUUUGGCAUAAGCUAGCGGAGCUCAAGCUGGACCACGAUCGCCUGUCCGACUCCAAGCGCUCCAUUGCUGGACAUUACACAAACCGAAAUGCCAGUGGGUGUCUCAUGGAAGUGGACUACACGGCCUACAACAGGACGGCACAGCCCCCAAAGUUUUACCAUUCCGCCAGCGGCACCAUCUACAACAAGAACACAAUCGAAGAGUUCAAGGCCCUGGACAAGCUACAACUGCUGGCCGAUGAGGGCAAGGAACUGCUGGCUAACAUGAGCAGCGGUGAGGUUCUGAGGGAUCCCAGUCUGUUGACCCGGUUCUUUGUCCUCUCCUUCGCCGACUUGAAGAGCCACAGCUACUACUACUGGUUCGCCUUUCCCUGCCCCCUAACGCCCACCCUUAAGCUGCAGGGUGCCGUUCAAAGGCUGCGCGACUUACCCUAUAGUCAGAACUAUAUAGAGGCUUUGAAAUCCCUUCCGGCUGAGUCACAGAACUUCUUCAUUUUAUAUGCCAAUGAGGAGCAGAAGGUGUUCGAAGCCCGUAGUUUGAGCUGCCUGAACGAAAAGGACGUGGAAUAUUAUUAUUUUGCCUUUGCCGAUCCCAGCGAGUACGAUCAUCCCGCUUGGUCGAUGCGAAACUAUGUGGCCUUCCUCCUCCAGAAAUGUCCCUCAUUUGUUGGCAAAUCACUCAAGUUUCUGGGCUUGCGAUACAAUCAACAAAUGCAGAUGGAUGACAGCCGAGUAUGGCAGGUGAUCCAAACAGAAGCUUGCGAUCUGAGCCAGCCCGGGGAGUUAAAAUUUGUGGGCUGGGAGCUUAACAAAAAUGGUAAAAUGGGACCGAGAAUGGUUUGCAUGAGAGACAGCAUGGAUCCAGCCAAACUUGCUGAGAACUCUGUUAACCUUAACCUGAAACUAAUGAAGUGGCGCCUGGUUCCCGAUCUCAAUCUGGAAGUCAUCUCACAAACCAAAUGCCUACUGUUUGGAGCUGGUACCUUAGGCUGUGCUGUGGCCAGAAAUCUCCUGUCUUGGGGCUUCAAGCACAUAACCCUGCUAGACAACGGGAAAGUAGGAUUCUCCAAUCCAGUGCGCCAGAAUCUCUACACCCAUGCAGACGCUGUGGCUGGCAAUCGAAUGAAGGCCACCACUGCUGCCCAAAGAUUGCGGGAGAUUAAUCCCAGUGCGGUAACGGCGGGUCAUGUGUUGGAGAUUCCCAUGCCUGGACAUACGAUUGGAGAAUCCCUGCUUGCCCAGACGGAGGACCAUUUGCAGGUGAUACAGCAACAGGUUCGGGACCAUGAUGCCAUCUUUUUGCUCACAGAUUCUCGCGAAAGCCGCUGGUUGCCCACGCUGCUGGGAGCGGCUAACCAAAAGAUUGUCAUCAAUGCAGCUCUUGGAUUUGAUAGCUACCUGGUAAUGCGACAUGGCUAUACUCGUGAAGAGGCUGGCGAUGGUGGCCAACAGAUCGAUGGACUCAAGUGCAUCAAUGGCGAUCAAUUGGGGUGCUACUUCUGCAACGAUGUUACGGCCCCAGGAAAUUCCCUCAAGGACCGCACGCUGGACCAGCAAUGCACCGUGACGCGACCCGGGGUAUCCAACAUUGCUGCUAGUUAUGCGGUGGAACUGCUGGUUGCUUUGCUCCAGCAUCCCAGAAAGGAAUUAGCACCUGCCUACUAUGCCCAGAGUGGGCGUGGCAAAUCGGAGGAGGCGGCAGGCAAAGUGCCUGAAGGUCUACUAGGCAUUCUACCUCACUCCAUCCGGGGAAUGCUUUGCAACUAUGAGAAUAUCUUACCCGCUACUCAAAAGUUUGCUCAGUGCAUUGCGUGCUCAGCGCCAGUUUUAAAUGCAUAUAAAACGGAGGGAAAUGCUUUCCUCUUUAAAACAUUCGAAACAGCCAAGUAUCUGGAGGAUUUGACUGGGAUCUCAGAGUUUAAGCGGUUGAACAGCGAGAUAAUCGAUUUUGAUGACGACGAAUUUGAUAUGUCUGAGGAGGAUGAAGAUUAGCCUGCAGCAUUCAUUUAAUAGAAAUUGCCCU